AUGUCUUCUUCUCUUAACAAUUCGCGCUUACACUGUGACAGCAAAGAUUGUGCACUGCAAUUAAGCCAAACAAAAGACGUAAAUCUACACUUAAUACUCAAAUGGUUUGCCAAUGAUCUGAUGAAUGACAAUUUCAAUUUAACAGAAUCAACAGAGUUGCCUUCUCAGUUUGAUUACUAUGACAUUCUCUCUGAAAAAAACAGAAAUUUGACCAGUUUGACAUUAACUAAACCCGAAACAAUUACAAUGAAUAAUUCAUUUUCAUCUUAUCGAUAUUAUCCACCGGUAGACUUUACACCGACAACUCCACCAACAACUUUAGUUAAAUGUAAAAAUUCUAGUGAACAGUCUAACGAUCAGAGAGUACAGAAUGAUUCCCAAUUUAACUAUUAUACUAGAGAUUUAAGAACUGAUUUAAAUACUGAAUGUACGUCGAGCACAUGUGAACCAUUGAAUACUAUAUGUACUGAAACGCAAUUCAUACAAAAUACACCUAACAAUACAUCACAACAAACAAAUAAUACAGUUAUGAAGAAGAAUUUACAAAACAAUAAUACUAUUAAUGAUACUGAUACUCCAAUAUAUCAUGGAAGACAACAUAGUAUGCCCAUAUUUAUGCCAUCUUAUACAACAUUUGAUGAUAAUACACCAAAUAAAAUAGAAAACGAAAUAUCAACAGACACAGAGAAUUCACAUGGAUCUAAAGAAAUUAAUCGACUUACAUUAAUUGAUAAAUCAUCUAGACCGGUUGCAACUAGUAUUAUGAGUAAUCCUACAAUUGAUACAGGGACAGGUAUAAAAAAAGCAAGUACAACAACAUCAAAUCCAAAUUCAUUAAACUUAGUUAUCGAUAUUCAUUUACAUGGUGUUGGUUUAUCUGAUAAUCGUAUGACACAAAGUUGUAUACAAGAGAAAGAUUAUGAUCUAUCAGCAGAUGAUAAGCUAUUGAGUAAAACAAAUUAUAGUAAAUGUUCAAUGGAUGAGCUUUUAACAAAUAUGGAUUUUUGUACACUAAGAUGUAAACCGCAUAGAGCUAUUUCAUUAAUUGAUCAACAAAAUUCAUCUUCACAAUCCUCUUCAUAUGAAUUAAAUACUGGUGAAAGUCGAUUAAGUCAAAGAUUGAAUAAGUUACCAUGGAAUAAACACAAUGAUUAUGCAAAUAGAAUAAAUUCGGCUGAUACAAAAUCAGAUAAUGCAAACGAAAAUAAAAUGAAAUGUUCAAUUGAUACAAACGGUUGGGAACCACACAUACAUAACCAUAAUUAUAAUAUUAAAUCAGACGACAUUAAAUCACGUUUAAGAAAUCAACAUCAUCAGUUGUAUAAUCACCAUCAUCAACAUUGUAGAGGAUAUGAUCGGUCGAUAUAUACGGAUCAAACGAAUGGAAUAUGUGUUGAUGAUUUACGUAUUCGUCGAACACCAAUGCCUGUUCACAGACAGUUGGUAAAUAAUUCGCAAGGUAAUAACUCGAAGUUAUCUACUGUCAGUCGAUAUCCUACAAUGCCGAAUAUAAAUAAUCCAUCGAAAAACGUUGAUUAUAUUGAGUCGAAUUCAGGAACAUUUUCACAGUCAGUUGAUAUUCCAUUAUUGAUUCGGUUACUUCAGUCAUCUGAUCCAGAUGUUGUAUCAAAUGCAGCUGCUUACUUACAACAUUUAGUUUAUCGUAAUCCAAGUUUAAAAGAGAAAACACGACUGUCUGGUGGUAUAUCAGCUUUAGUUCAGUUACUCUAUUCAGAUCACACACGUAUUUGCCUUAAUGCAGUUGGAGUGUUACGUAAUCUGACAUGCGGGGAUACCUUAGCCAUAAAAAAGGAAUUGGAACGAGUUGGUGGUAUACGUGCAUUAGCUUGGUUAAUUGAAAACCGUCAAGUCUAUGGAUCAACCACAGACUCAUUCAAAGAUUUAAAUUAUGGAAUGUCCAGUAAUUCAAGUCAUUGUCACUUGAAUGGCACUGAAUACGAUGAUCUACAUCAGGCUGUUAAAUCAAUUUUAGAGAAUGCCGCUUCUGUUCUAUGUAAUUUAGCAUCAGUAAGUUGGUUAAAACGAAGUGUUUUACAAGAAGCAUUAAUUCCAAGUUUGUUGAAUGUUAUUAUUGUGCCAGCAGCAACAGAAACAUCCAUUUAUGCAUCAAAAGAUAACGGAGCUCAGUCAAUUAUUAAUAGUAUUCUGUUUCGUAUUGUUACAUCCCUGAUACGAAAUAUAAGCAGUUCUGAAGAUGAUGAUGUCAGAGAAAAAAUGCGUCAGUGCCCUCAACUUGCAACUAGUCUUUUCAGUAUAUUACGUUAUGCAGUAGAACAUCAAUUAUACGAUAAGCGAUCAAUAGAACAUUGUGUUUGCACGAUUCGUAAUUUAUGCUAUGGUUUGCAACAGAGACAACAGACACAACAAUCUCAACCUCAACAAUCACCAUCUCAAUCUUCUGUUACAUCGUCAAGUCAAGAAAGUAAAUUUCAGGAGAAAUCACGCAAUGGUUCAUUAUUAAGAAUUAAAUCAACCAGUCUUGUAAGCGGUAAAAAGUCAAAGGGAUUGACAGAAAUCGAAACGAACCCUGAAUCAUUAAAUAAAUCAACUAAUCUCUCGAAAACCGAAAAUAUCCCUUCACCAUAUGGAGAUAUAGAUUCAGUAAGAACAUUGAUCUAUUUAAUACAAUAUAGUUCAAAUCCGUAUACGCUGGAAGCUGCUGCUGGUUCACUACAAAAUUUAACUGCAGGGCACGGAAGUUCAAGUGAACAGAUGCGAGAAAUUAUUCGUUUAAAUCAUGGACUUCCAUUACUUGUAGAAUUGUUAAAUAAUUCAAUGCAUAAUGUUGUUGCAACUGCAGCUAAUGCAUUACGUAAUUCUGCAUUAGAUCCAAUUAGUUGUAGUCUACUUGGUAAAUAUGCAUUAAAUCGUAUUAUACAAGCAUUAGAUCAACAUUCAUGUGGAAUUGCAUUAAAUCUACAUUCUAAUGAGUAUAAAACACACUUAAACAAACUAAAUACAAUGAAUAAUAAUCAUAAUAAUAACAGUUAUUAUAACAAUAAUUCUGAAUGGCAAAUACCAAUACAAACAUCAAAUGUAAUGAAUAAAUCAGUAUGUUUAACAAAUCAUGAAUAUACACAAUUUGGCGAAGAGAAUAAAUCUAAUCUACAGAAACAAUGUACAACUUCCCUGUUAAGUUUAUGUUGUGUUAUAAUACAUAAAAAAUUGGAAAAUGCUAGACGUUUUGUUACACUAGGAGGAGUUGAGAAAUGUCAAGAAUUAUUAAAAAUUUGCCUUAAUAAUGGUCAUUUAAUAAGAUUUAAUUGUACUGAACAAUUAGUCAAUGAAGAUAAAACUACUCAAACUGUUAUUAAACUUAUACGUCAACUAUUGUUUAUGUUAUGGGAAUUUUCUGAAUUGCGUCCAAUUUAUAAAUUGGCUGGAUGGAAUGAAACAGAUUUCUGUAUUCAUAAACGCAAUCGUUUAGCAAGUUUAAUAAGACGACGAUCAAAAAAAGCAGAACUACCACGUAAACGAAUGAAUUCCGAUUUCAGACAGUAUACAAAUGGUAGCGUUAGUGAUUCUGAAGAAUGUAAACGUCAAACAUUUGCCUAUUCAAAUAGAACUAAAAAUAAUGAAUUUAUUUUUGAUGAUUUUAAAAAUAAUUGUGAAGAUUUGAGUGAAUCAGUAUACAGUUUACAUGGUGGUCAACUAACAUCAUCUUAUUAUAUUCCAGCCCAAACAAUUGUUCAUGAAUCAUAUAAUCCGGAUGAAUUAAAUUCUUAUCGUCAAGAUAGAACACAUGCAGUUUAUAUUGCCGAAGGAGAUAUAAAUGCCAUGUCCAAAGAUAAUCACAAUAAUGUUUUUGAAAUGAUUAAUUUGUAAAAAAAUUUUUUUGUAAAUUCUAUAUCUUUCAUAAUCGUAAUGUGAAUAACUAAUUAGAUUUUACGUCAGUUUUUUUGUUGUUGUUGACGAAUAAAUCCUUUUUUUGUUUUUACAGUCAUAACUAAUCUAAUCAAUAUUUCCGUACCAUUUCGUUAAAUAAGAAUAUAUAUAUUUGUAAAAUAAAAGUUUAAAUGCAUAAGUUGGUGUAAAAUGUUCAAGGAACCUAGAGUUGUCUAAUUGUUUACAUACUUACGCCUGUUACUCCUCAUGAAGAGGUAUAGUCCGCUCACCAACAUUCUCCAUCCAACUCUGUCUUGGGCAAAGAGUUGCCUGAUAAUAUGUCAUUAUUGAAAAUUAUAUCAAUUUGAAUGUUGACUUAUAAUGUAGUCCAAGAAUUACCAUUCAAGUGUACUUUAUUUGUCAGUUAGUGUUGAUCAUCCUAUUAAGUUUUAUAUCACUAUUUAAUGAGAACAUUAGUACUGGUUAGUGUAUAAGUGCACUUAUCUGUUUACUCUGUAUUAUUUGAAGAAACGUGAGCACUAAACUUCAAUGUUUUAUGUUACCUAUCAAUUAUCCAUAUUGGCUAAUUUCAUAUUAUUAAUCCAUUUUUAUCUAAUUUUCUAUAAUUUACACAUACUUAUUCACAAAGAUCUCAAAUUUUGUUACGAUGUGAUGUAAUUUCUGCCAAAUUUCUUUGGAAAAACUAACAGAAUUAAAUACAGUUUGUUGUGUAUAAUUUAAUGUCAUUUUGAACACUUUCAAGAAUUUAAACUGCUAUUACUUCACUUAUGGUUUAUCGUUUCAAGUAUAUGUAAGUACGUUUAUAAUCCAACAAAUCUAUCCUUUUUUUCCCAAUAAUUUAAAAAAAAAAUACAUUGAAUUUUAUUAAAAAUAGUUUGUAUUUAAUCCAUAUAAAUGGUCAGCAAAACGUUUGUUCAAUUUAAAGGAAAAAACUUUUAUUGCUUGUUAAAACCCAGGAAAAAUUGUAGGUUGGAGCAAAUAGACCAUUAAAUUUUACACUCAUUGGUCUUAGAGAUUAGUGUUUGAACUAUGUGACAUAAAAGGCUUUGACUCAAUUUCCUAGCGGCUUUUAUUGUAAACUAGAAUAAAACAGUUUUUCGGUUUGUUUGAGUUUUCAGCUUCUGUAAUCUCAUAUCAAAUUCAUGUAUAAUUUCAAGAAUGAGAUGGUUACCCACCUGCUUCACUGGCUGAUGGUUAAACAGUAUCUCGAAUUGACUGAAGUUAAUAAUGUGCACCGUUGGAUAUCAACUGAUCUAAAUACCAAGCACUCACCAUUGAAAAUGAGGACUCCGGGUUUGACUAUCUGCUGGUUUUAUGAAUUCAUCUUGAUGGGCUAUUUUAAACUAAGAUGAAAUAGUUUCUUAGUGCUGUCUGGUAACCAAUGGCUUUAUAACUAGGAUCAUUAUGUAACGCAAACUGAACAAUUUGAAAAUUUAAACAAACCCUCGAUGCCAAUAUCGCAUAUAACUUGUUGAUUAAGCACAGUAUUUUUUCUGAACGGUGAGUACAUGUUUCUCCUACUUUGAUGAAGCUAUCUAGGGACAAAAUACUUUAGUUUCUCAUAGAAUUUUAUUCUAUUUCGAUAAUUUCUUAAUGAAACCCAUAAAUAGCUGAUGAUCUGAAAUUCAGAAGCACAAGUUUGUUAGAUUUUAAAUGAAUGAAUCAAAUUACCAUGCGCUAUUGGAAGACUACAUAUAUUAUUAACCUAUAUUUGCUCGGAAUAAUUGACUUGGGUCUCAAAACUUCAGAAAUUCCGAUUUCAGGGAUAUCACAAAUAUAUAAAUAUUUUAUUAAUAAUAAAAAUGUUCUAUUUAAUAAGUUAUGUUGAUCUUUAACUUAUUUAUUUAAAUAUGGUGAGAUUAAUACAGUAGAAAAGGAUUAUGUCAAAUGGUAAGUUGAUCAAACUUGGAAUUCUAAUUGGAUUACAUAUGCUUUUCCGCCUGUUCAAUACAGUCUAGGUUCACUUCUGUGUAAAAUUUGUUUCUGAAGUUCUUUUAAACGAUUAAUAAAUGCUUCU